CUUUUCCUCACUGGCUGCUUGAAGAUCAACCUUCAUCAUGAAUGACACGUUAACUAUCCAGACCAGGAAGUUCAUGACCAACAGACUACUUCAGCAGAAGCAAAUGGUCAUUGAUGUCCUUCACCCUGGGAAGGCAACAGUACCCAAGACAGAUAUUCGGGAAAAACUAGCCAAAAUGUAUAAGACCACACCUGAUGUCAUCUUUGUGUUUGGAUUCAGAACCCACUUUGGUGGUGGCAGGACUUAUGAUUACUUGGAUUACGCAAAGAAAAAUGAACCCAAACACAGACUUGCAAGACAUGGCCUAUAUGAGGAGAAGAACAAGACCUCAGGAAAACAGAGAAAGGAACUCAAGAACAGAAUGAAGAAAGUCAGGGGGAUUGCCAAGGCCAAUGUUAGUGCUGGCAAAAAGUGAGCUGGAGAUUGAACAACAGAAGGAGUAAAGAUUCUUCGGUGACUUUAUCUGUGAUGGUUGUGCAGAUUUUUCAUGAGUGGAUCAAUAAACUAUAAACUU